UUUAAUGGGGUUUUCGAUGUUGCAGGAGCAGCGACUUCUUGGGAUGCAUGUCGUUUGAUGUGGAGGAUGCACUUGGCAAGGGCAUCGAAGGCUCCUACCGACUGCUGCCGCAAGGCGAAGGCCGCUUGAACCAUGCGGCGAUAACCAAUGGCCUAAUUGAAUCCUCGAGCAACAUGGGCGAGAAUAACCAGGAAAGUUGUGCGGAAAGCGUCCUUGAAGAGAUACUAAGUCUGGACGGGAUUGAGACUGAACUGAAACGAUCAACGAACAAAACCGUGCUGAGCGAGCAGCAGAAGCAUGCAGACGAGCAUCUGUUCCUGCGGUAUUUGGAGCUGGAUCCAAUCGAAGGUCCAGACGCUAUUCCUGCUGCCAUGCAGCGGAAGGCCACCGGGAACAAGUUCGGCAGGACGCCGUUCACUCAAACUAAGAGGCUGAUUCGGCCGGCCAAGUCGGGGUUUGGCUUCUCGGUCGUCUGGACGCACCCUCCCCGGAUCGAGCGGGUGGAAAAGGGGCUGCCGGCCGAAAGGGCUGGAAUCCUGCCAGGCGACUAUAUAAUUUUCGUGGAUAAACACAACGUUGUUAUGAUGCCCGAGAUUGAUAUUCUCAACCUCAUUAGAUCCUACGGAAGUCAAUUAACAUUGGAAAUAUUCCGAAGAAACCCCUCGCGGAAUGGUUCAGUGCCCAACGUCCAUCAGAAAACCGCCACUCUGGUAGCGCCCAGUUCUAGAACAAACAGCAAUUUGAACCUUCCAGGUGGCACUCCAGUAGCUUCGGCGCUUCGCAGGCCCUCCACUGUUUGUUCAACAAACACUACCUCCAUGGACUAUCGCAGGAGAAAAUUGAACCUUCCCCAAGUGACCUUCAGCUCGGAGGUGGGUGAUGGCCUUAUUGUUUAACGCGGCCUUCUCUUGGGGCCUGGGAAAGUGAUUUUUGAUUCUGCUUGAGUUUUGAUGCUGUUGGUAUGAGGGGGAGGAUAAGCGUUUCUAUGCGUAGUGAAGCGGUGGGUUGAACUGAAAGAGACAACAGGAGUUCAAAAGGUUUUUCUAUUCGAAUGAAUCAAAAAGUGCCAUUUUGCGAACAGAAGCGAUGAUCAAAAAGAAGCACAGUGUGCGACAAA